UUCGUCAGACUCAAAUCCGAUGGAGAGGGACGAGCCGCCAUCUUUUGUGCGUCUCUCCCUUUAGCGAUGAAAAAAUAAUUUUGAAACUGGUUGUUUGCAUCUCCCAAGUCAAAUAAAUAUUCGAAUAUCUGUAAAUAAUAGGUUCUUUCUCCAAAACUCGUUGUAUAUUCGACUGGAUAUAACCAUUUUUUUUCACUUGCAGCCCAUAUUUCAAAGAAGUGGCAGCAAGGUGUAGUUUCGCCCAUUUCGUGAAUCCGGAGCGAAAACGAAAGGCUUCCUGAAAGCGGGGUGCAUGAGAACGGACCGUCUUUUGUUAAAGACGCUGGAAAUGGCUGUAUAAAAUGGCAAUUACUGUUUGUUUUUGUGGAUAUUUUUCUUAAGCCCUCUCAAACUGCACGGAAUUACGGCUGAAAUUCGGUCGGACAGUGCACCUCAUCACGUGUUCUCUCCCCGGUUUCUCUCACCCUCUCCCAGCCUCCGCAGGCGGUGAUUGGCAGGGCGCAGCGACGAGGGGGGUGGCUCCAUCCCCUGGCCACUGCAUGGCUGCGAUGGCGCCCGCUCUAACCGACGCCCCGGCCGAAGCUCACCGCAUCCGCUUCAAGCUGGCACCGCCCUCCUCUAACCUGUCCCCUACCGCCAGCGCCGAGAACAACAGCAACGCCACCAACAUUCUGCUCUGCACCUCCAACGGCAGCGGCGCCGUUUCCAAGCGCCGCAGCGUCAACGGCACAGACCACCACCAUCGCUAUCACCACAACGCCAGGAGAAGACCCUUCUGCGCGGCGACUCGCUCCCCGUGUCGAAGCCCUCGUCGCUGGGCAAGCUGCAGCCUCUGGUGGCCUCCUACCUGUGCUCCGAUGUGACCACGGUCCCGUCGUCCAACCAGGCCAAGGAGU